AUGAAAAGAAAUGAGGCUUAUCCUGCAGCGCUGGGACACAUCUGCAAGGAAAAGCACACCGGGAAUCACCUGCUAGGGCUGCAUUCUCCCCCGGAACCAGCACAUUCACCGCCGCACGUUCACCAGACUCACAAAACAGCAGUAAUAACGUUACGAGCUCGUCCGGUCUUCGCAACUACGCAUGGCAGACAUUCACAGACGCCGCGUUCCUUUCCUAAACGAUGGGAACACACACUCGGCCAGUCUGUGGAAGGCUGCACCAAGGCAAGAGCGUCGCGCUCGAGACUGGAUCGCCCAAGAACCACCGCGGACCGGGUUCUCUUUGGGUGCGCACGCCGCAAAGCGACACCCCUUUUACCGGGCGGACGGGCCCAGGGAGCCAAGGCCCUGCCGGGACCCACACUUGCCUCAGUCCCCGGCGGGCCCUCCCUGGCCCUGAAGCCCGGGCCCCGGGGAUCCCGAGCCCGCCCCUCCGCGUACUUGACACGCGAGACCGCGGAGAGAGAGACCGCGCCCGCCGCCGUCGGGAGGACGGCGCUACCCGGGGGGAAUUCCGCCGCCUGCCUGAGAUUACCGCGAGGCGGACGGAGGUCGGAGCCCGCACCGGAGCGACAUUUCCCAGCUCCCUCCGUCUCCGCGACCAGUUACCUGCGCCUCGCACGUCGCCCCGUAAAACCACACUUCCCAGAAGGCUGCGCGUUCGCGCGCGCUUUGGGCGACGGGAGAGGAAGGCGCAUGCGCCUUCACGAGGACGCGCACGCCGAGCGUCAAGAGGACGGCAGGGCCGGCCUACGCUUGCUUCUUAGGUACAGGGGCGCCCAGGGCACGAAACUACACUUCCCAGAAAGUGAUGCGGCCGCGAAGACCUUCCGGGUCGCGGGUCAGCUGGCGCGUACGCCCUCCUGCGGGGCCGUGGGCCGUCCCCGGGUGGGCGUGCUCCAGCCGAAGGUCUCGGUGCUGCGCCCUGGGCCGCUCCUCGGCAGCUCUUGGGGGCCUUGGGCGUUUGACGCCCGCCUGCCCGGGACUGUGGUCCCUAAAACGCCCUGUGUCCUGGCUGUCAUGGCAACAGUUGUCAGCGGACAAACGACACUCCCUGGACAUUCGUGCGGCCGCGUCACGGCUGUUGACUGCCGCCGUCUGGUGUACAGGUCUCAGCAGUGGCGGCCUCAGGGCUCCAACUGGGGUGAUACAACUUCUGUCUUACCUUCAGCUCUGGGUUUCAGCAAACCCUAUCCUGUCACAGAUGAUUCAGAGAAAAGGCCAGACAGGAGCCUCCAGCGAGUAAGCACUGUAGGAUCUGCCCAGCCGUGCGGGACGAUGUGAGCCUGUUCUUGACGGGCUCCACCGAGGACUACGUGGACAACGUGGCGCGGUACCAGAGCAGCCCUGUGAUACUGGAAAAUGCGAAACUACUGAAGGAGUGCGUGGAUGGGAAAAUGACAGACGGCGACAAGCAGAAUGCCCUUUCGGUGCUGG